UAAGAGGAAGAAAAAGAACUGCUGUUCAGUACGGAGCUGGAAGAUGCUGUGUAAACAUUUCAGAUCCGGGAGCUCCGUUACGCCCGCGCGCGCGCACACACACACACACACACACACACCGAACGGGUUUGUUACAUACGCGUUUUCACGCGAGGAGGAAGUCCCGGUGGCUUUACCGGACUAACCGGUGCCCAAGAUAAAGCACCGAGUAUCCGUGUGAAGAUGGCAUCAGUGACCGACUCGCGUCUCCCGCCAUCACAGAAAGACGCGGCUGACCAAAACUUUGACUACAUGUUCAAAAUUCUCAUCAUCGGCAACAGCAGCGUAGGUAAAACCAGCUUCCUGUUUCGCUACGCGGACGAUUCCUUCACUUCAGCCUUCGUCAGCACGGUGGGAAUUGACUUUAAGGUCAAAACCAUUUUUCGCAACAACAAGAGGAUCAAACUGCAGGUUUGGGACACAGCGGGACAGGAGCGCUACAGAACCAUCACUACAGCGUAUUACAGAGGAGCCAUGGGCUUCCUGCUGAUGUACGACAUCACAAACCAGGACUCAUUCAACGCCGUUCAGGACUGGGCCACUCAGAUAAAGACGUACUCGUGGGAUAAUGCACAGGUGAUACUGGUGGGCAACAAGUGUGACCUGGAGGACGACAGACUCAUUCCCACAGAGGACAGCCAGAGACUGGCUCGGGAACUGGGUUUCCAGUUUUUCGAGGCCAGCGCCAAAGACAACAUCAACGUGAAGCAGGUUUUUGAGUGUCUGGUGGACGUGAUAUGUGAGAAGAUGAAUGAAAGUAUAGACGGAGACGGUCAGGUGUCCAACCACAAAGACUCCAGUCCUCAGGACACGUCCUCUGAGGGACACAGCGGCUGUGUCUGCUAAAACACACUCAUCACACAGAGAACUCCUCCUCACCUGUUCACUGCGCUUGGGGAUGAUCCUUGCUUUCCUUCUUUUAACUCAAACAGCAUCUGCUAAACAUGCUCCGUGUUGUUUGUUGAUGUGGAUGGU